AUGGACCUUUCAUCCCCCAGUUUGUCAUUUAUAAUUCCCUCGAUCCACGAUGGAAGCAAGCUAGAAUGCCGCGUCUAUCUCCCCACGGGACAACAAAACAUACAAUCGGCGACCGGGCCCAUCCGCGGCGCCAUUGUCGCCCACCCCUACGCGCCUCUCGGGGGAUGCUACGAUGAUCCAGUCGUGGGUAUCUUCGGUGGAGAGCUCUUGAGCGCAGGAUAUAUUGUAGGGACAUUCAAUUUCCGCGGAGCUGGACACUCCGAAGGACGGACCAGCUGGACAGCAAGACCCGAACUGGGCGAUUAUGUAUCGUUCUACGGGUUUAUGCUGCAAUAUCUUAAGUAUCUGAAGCAUGCAUUUGCAGUGAACAAGAAUGACGGAGAUGAUGGCUUGAGUCUAUCCCAAAUCGCCCAAACCACUGGGGACAAUGAAACACCCCAGAUCCAUCUCAUCCUCGGCGGAUAUUCAUACGGGUCACUGAUCGUCUCGCACGUUCCAACCCUGGAGGCCAUGGUUGAACUGUUCCGACCAGCCGCUUCUCCAAGCAAGCCCAUCGGCGAGAUCGCCAGAACCGCGAAGCAGAUUGCUGCCUGGUCGAUCGACCAACUCCCGAUACCCAACGCCCCAGCCCUGCCCGACGACCCUUGGCUCGGGUUACAGACAGCCACCGUAUCCUAUCUACUUGUGUCACCUCUGCUGCCCCCGAUCAGUCAGCUCUUGACAGUCUUUUCCAGCCUAUCGCUGAAUGUGACCGUGGAGACCUCCCGGGGCAGACAUGUUGCUUGUCCCCGACCCGCUGACCAACUGACCACCCAUCGGACACUGGCGUUGUUUGGGGACCAGGACAACUUUACCUCCGCCCAGAAACUGCGGAAAUGGUCAAGUGAGCUGGCGCAUGUGCCGCAUAGUCAGUUUCAGUGGCGUGAGAUUGAUGGCGCGGGCCAUUUCUGGCGAGAGGACGGAGUAGAGUUGCGGGCAAGACAGAUACUGGCCGAAUGGCUCAGUUCGAUACGAUAG